AUUGUUGUGAUAAACUUAUUAAAUAGAUACCUGUAAUAAUUGAAAAGAUAUUUGUAUAACUGCAUCUGCUUCAUAUGUCGGUAGGAGGAGCAGGCGGUCAGCCUCAGGGGCUCAGUGGCUAUUACAAGGAGAGGGUGCGGCAGACACUAGAUGCAACUCUGAACCUACAGAGUUUCGACUCGCAACUCGUAGAAAGACACAACAAGCCAGAAGUAGAGUUAAAGUCAUCUAAAGAACUGCUUUUGAAUCCGAUCGUGAUUCCGAAAAGCGAGAACGAGCAAGUGUUGAUUGAGGCUUCUAUCAACUCCGUCAGACUAAGCAUCAAAAUUAAACAGUCUGACGAUGUGGAAAAGAUUCUGACCAAGAAAUUCACGCGAUUCCUGUGCCAGAGAGCCGAGCAGUUUAAAAUUCUGCGACGGAAGCCACUAGAGGGCUACGAUAUCAGUUUUCUGAUCACGAAUGUGAACACGGAGCAGAUGUACAAACACAAACUGAUAGACUUUAUCAUCAGCUUCCUGGAUGAGAUUGACAAAGAGAUCAACGAGAUGAAGUUGGCAGUCAACGCGAGAGCCAGAUCCACCGCAGAGACAUUCAUCAAGAGCUUCUAAUCAGGCGCUAACAUUAACUAAAGCAAAACAACUGACAUCCACAAUCAAAUGAAGUCUCUUGAACUGGCCUUUCUCUUUUUAUAACUUAGUGGUAAACUGACUGAUUACAUUAAAUAGUGAAAAAAUGCAUUACAGAAAAGCUUAUUGCGAUCCAUAAGUUUCAAUUAUUGCUGCUAAAAGUUUCGAUUCAUAAAAGAUUAUGUUGUCAGUGCUGUACACAAGUUUUCCAGCCAUUAGCGAUAAAAAUGAAUGUUUUUCGCUCAAUUUAUAUUAAUCUGUAAGUAUUGUCUGUAAAUGAUCAUCUAUUUUUUCAAAUUAAAUUUUCAACAGGA